ACGAGUUGUCUUAAUCGGGAAGCGAAUAAUACUCAGUCUUCAAGUAUCUGCCAAUGUUUCAAGUGCAAAACAAAUAAAUUCAAGAAAAGCGCAUUUUAAAGUUGUCUUUGUAUUCGUUUUCGCAUAGUGUUUGGUUAAAUUGCAUCCAUUAGAUCCCGAUCCCCAACAUACCCAAAUACCUUUAGAUACCUUCAAAUUAAGCCCCUAACAGGCAAGUGCAAUUAUAGAAUACGUUCGUCAAAAGUCACUUUAAUACAAUCUUUCGUGAUUUCAAGACCAUCUCUUUCACUCCCCCGUCUUUAAGUAGAGCCAGCAGGAAGCAGAAAAUUCAAACAUCUCACCAUCAGAAGAUGGAAGAUAUCCAGUGUUGGAAAAUAUACCUUUAAAGUACAGUCUGCCUCAAACCGAAAUGUGAAGGAAAAGAUUCUUCGGAUUUAGUAGCAGACUUUCACUUUGGGCCAAAAGGCAUCUCUUUAAUUUCCGUACAGUAUUUGGGACCUCAUCGAACGAUUCCAUCAAAAGUUGGCAAAAAUAUCUUUGAUAUACCGUUAGUACUGGUAUUCGUGUAAGUGUUUACAUACUUUUAACUACGCUCAUUUAAAAAAAAAAAAAAUGUUGUGCGUAACUGUACUUACAUCCAAGUCAGUUUGUGGAAAGAACGACGCAUCUAAUAAACAGAUUUAUAAAGCAAUUUGCGUCAUCCAAACUUCGAACAAAGGCGUCCGCAUCGAAUAUUUGAAAAAUAUAAAUAAAUAUAAAUCACAUUCGAAACAAAGGCCAGAAGAGAGACUUGGCCGUGUUCAAAAAGGUUCUCGCAGGCAUUUUGAGUUUGGCAACGGUGAAAUGGCGCUAACGCAGAAGCCGGGCUCCAAGCAGUACGUGAAGAACGUGUUGGUGAUGAAGAAGGACACUUGCUCGGUGCGCGAGCUGCUUAACUGGGUUAAUGCGGAGAUGCAGUGCGAUGUGCGGGAGCUGUCCGAACUGAAGACGGGCGGCGUUUAUUGCCAAUUUGUGCACAAGCUGUUUCCAGCUGAAAUAUCGCUGACCAAGGUCUAUUUGUACACGAACACCAGCUACGAGAUUGAGGCCAAUUUUAAGCUGCUGCGCAACACAUUUGCCAAGCUCAACAUCCGCAAGGAUGUGCCCAAUCGCGAGCUGGCCAAAGGUCGCGGCCAUUAUGAGUUCCUCAAUUGGCUGCACAAAUUUCACAAGAUGAACCACAAUGGACGCGCCUACGAUGCCAGCAAGGAGCGCUGCGGGAAACCGAUCGGACUUAAAAAAAUCGUCGAAGUCGAAAGACGUUUCGAUUAUGCCGCCUAUUUGCGACGGAGCAGCACAAUAAUCGCAUCUGUGCAUCCCCGGAAACCUGUCGAGCUGGUGCCCCGCGCACACAGCCUACUCGGCAUUUCGGUGAAGCCGGAUAAUCUUGCGUCCUGGAAACUGAACCCAACGCCGGACAAGUCUAAAGCCAAAGCCAAAGGGUCAACGCAGUCAAUACUCGGCCGAAAAUCUGCCCAGCCAGCCGGUAAAUCAGUCAAGCCAAUUUGUAAGACAGCUAAUCCUUGCAAUGAACCAGGCGAAUCAGUUCAGUCGCAACCAGAUCAAUCGGACGAAUCACGCCAGUCGACACCAGAGUCCCUGCCCAGCGUUCCAUUAAAACAAGGUUAUCCUAAACGUGUCCAGUCGCCAGCCCAAGAAACAGACCCGGAAUCAGACGUGGAAUCACCCAACCCGGAGCCACAUCCUGCCGUGCCAUCAAAGCGCCAGAGCUAUAAACGUUCCCAUUCGGCAGCAAAACGACUUCCUCCGAAACCGAUACAAGCUGUUCAAGAAACACUUCACUCGACGUCAGAGCGAAUCUCUGCCGUGCCAUCGAAGCGUGCUAGCUAUAAACGAAACCAGUUGCCUGCUCAGGAAAUACCUUUGGAACCACUGGACGCUUGGUUCGAACCAGUCGAGUCGCCAUUGAAGCGUGUUAACUAUAGACGGGCUCAGUCGCCAGACAAAUCCAUGUCGCCGGAACCAAUUGAGCCUGAGCCAGAACAAAGCCGGUCGACAACUGAUUUAGCUAACCCGGAAUCGACGCUGGAACCACAUUCGUCGCUGACUCCCGUGCCAGCCAGGCGAGUUAAUUAUAAACGAGUACAGUCGCCGGCCAAAACUGUUGCCCCGGAACCGCCAGUGGCCGGUCAUGCGCCGGGCGGAGAAAUCCCCCCGAAACCACAGCCUGUACUAUUGAAACGUGUUAAGCAUAAGUCAAGCCGGUCCGCAACUCGCGAGAAACACCCGGUGUCACUGCAGGCUUGGUUUGAACCACUUGAGACGAUACCGAAGCAACUCUCUUCCGCACAUUUAAAGGGCGUUAAUCGUAAUCGAGAAACAGCCCCGAUAUCAACACAAGCUCAAAGGUCGGAAUCGGUGCCUGCUCCGACUUCAAAGCGUGUUAAUUAUAAACGUGUUCAGUCGCCAGCUAAAACUGUCCUCUCGCAAACACCAGAGGCUCGCUAUGAGCCAGCCCGGCAAAUAGAGCCGGAAUCUCGUUGCGAACCAGUUUCGACACCGGACCCACAUCCCAUGUUCGUACCUUUAAAGCGUGUCAAGGAUAAACGAAUUCAGCCCGCAGGCAAAGUAGCUCAGAAAACAUCACAAACCGAUCAGGAAACCCUUCAAUCCGAAUCAGAGCCACUUUCGACCGUACCAGCUCGGCGUACAGUUCCGGAAUCACAGACUGUUCAUGACCCACUUCAAACAGAACCAGAGCCACUUUCUGGCCUACCCUCUCGACGUCUUAACUCUAAACGAACCCAAGAAGUAGCUCCAAAAACAUCAAAGGCUAGUUAUGAGCUACGGCAGUCGGAAUGGGUUGCAGCUUCUGUCGAAAAAUCAGUGAAACCAAUUUGUGAGCUAGCUAAACUUUCCACUGAACCAGUCGAGGAAUCAACACUGGAGCCUUUAAAGCGUAUCAUUUAUAAACGAAUUCAGUCGCCGGGCCGAUCAAUAGUUCCGGAACCGUGCGAACCUUGUCGUAAACCAGUUGAGCCGACGCCGAAGGCCAUCUCUGCCGCAACUUCAAAGCGUGCUAUUGUUAAGCGUACACAGUCGCCGGCUAAAACAGUUUCCGCGGAACUGCCACAGGCUGGCCAUGAACGUGAGUCGACACCGGAGCCACAAGCAACAACCACACAACCACCACAACGUGUUAAUUCUAAGCCAAUCUCGACGGCAUCCCGAGUAAUAGGUGCGAAAUCAUGCGAAGCUGGUCUGGAACCACUUCAGGUGGAACGAAAUCCACUUCCUGAUCCACCAAUCCCGUCGACAACCCGAGAAAUAGCUCUGAAAUCCUUACAAGCUGAUUUUGAAAGCCUUCCUGACCCACUUUCGCUGCGUGCUAAUAUCAAACCAAUCCACGAAGUAGCUGAGGAGUUACUACAAGCUAAUGAUGCACAACCUCAGUGGAAAGCAGAGCCUCUUCCUAAUCCAACAGAACAGCGCCUAAGCAAUAAACCCGACCCGCCGACAUUCAGUGAACUAGGACGAAAGUCUAAUCAUGAAACGCUUCGGUCGGAACAAGAGCCACUACCUGACCCGCCAUCUGAGCGUGUUGGCAACAAAUCCAUUCCGUCAACAUCCCGAAAUAAUGCGCCGGAAUUAUCAGAGGCCGAUCAGGAACCUAUUCAUUCGGAACCAGAGCCUCCUUUUGCUGACCCGCCAUCAGAGCGUGCUGGUAAUAACCCAAACCCGCCAAAAUCACGAGAAAUAGCUGCGGAAUCUUUACAGGCUGACGAGGAACCACUUCCGUCAAAGCCCGAUUUGUCAGCUGUUUUGAAAGUCGGGCAGUCCGUGGUCCGUGCUUAUUAUGAGGAGAGUGACUGUGUCGCAUUGCCAUCGGAUUCUGACUCUGAGGACGAGAAGGACGAUCAUAUUUGGGACGUCCGCCGUCAGAUCGUGUUAUUGCGAGAUAAGCUUACGACAAUUGAGACCAUUCUAUUGAAGUAUUCGGCAAGUUCACGGCAAAGUGUUAAGAAACUAAAACGCUAUUUACGCAAGCAACAGGUUGAUGAACCAUUCGUCCUGGGCAGCUUUUAAAAUACGAAUUUUCUUUUUCAUAUAACCGUUGCGUUUAAAAUGUUCUUUUCUUCUUUUGUACCUUUAUAUUCACAGUGUGACCAAUUUUCACCAUCUUUCAGCAAGUUUUGGUUUUUAGUAAAUUUAUCGCAUAUGGCAACA